AUCAUUCAAUAUUAUAUUAUUUUUAGUUUUUCUCAUUUGUCCUAGUUUUUUAAUUAUUUGGCUCCCCUGAUUGUAACCUUUAUGGAUACAAUGGAUACUGCUGUCUCCUUCGUAUAUAUUUGACAUGAAUGUUAGCUUGAGAAAAUUUUCGUUGAAAUAUAAUAUACAGACGAUACUAAGUCAUUUUUGAAUAAUACAUAUAUUAUAUAAAGAAAUUUUAAUAUAAUAAAAAUAUUAAACUUGAAAUAAAAUUAUUUACUCUAAUAUAUAUGUAUAGUGAUACAUGAGAAUACCACAUUUUUUACGCAGUGUCCUAAUAGGCAUCCCAGUUGGGAUUACCUUCUUGGACACAGUAGGAUAUGUGGCAAAAGUGGAAGGAAUAUCUAUGCAACCAGCCUUGAAUCCAGAUUUAAAUGAUCCAGAUUAUGUUUUCUUAAAUCGUUGGGCUGUACGUGGUCAUGAUAUUCAACGAGGUGAAAUAGUAUCUGUAAUAUCUCCUAAAGCACCAACUCAAACAUUAAUUAAACGAGUUAUAGGAGUUGCAGGUGAUAUUUUACAUACACGUGGAUACAAAGUUGAUUAUCUUCAGGUUCCAGAUGGACAUUGUUGGUUGGAAGGAGAUCAUACAGGUCGUUCGAUGGAUUCAAACACUUUUGGACCAGUUUCUCUUGGUUUAAUUACAGCAAAGGCUACUUGUAUAGUUUGGCCACCUAAUCGUUGGCAAUAUUUAGAAGCUUCUAUACCAAAUCAACGUACAAUAUUGAAUUCUAGAAGAAGUUAA